AAGUAUAUGUCACCCUUCAAAUCCAAAUGCAUCCAAUUCUACUCCUCUAUAUAACUAUCUUCAAUCUUUUCUUAAUCCAAUCAACUAUCUGAGCUCACACUAACAUAGCCAAGGAUGAAGAGAGAGGGUCGCCAACACGGUCUGGUUCGGACCUACCGUAAAAGAGAGAGCUCACACAAAAAUUUGAGCUUCAAUUGGAACCCCAAGCCCAACUCCAGGGAUGUUAACAAGUUGAAUUCCCCUCCCACGGCUGGGUUGUUCACAAAGGUAUCAACAAAGCCCUCCAACCAUUCAAAGCUCACAGGCAAGUGUGGUAGGUCUAAGUGCACAUGUUGUCAUAUACACACUGCUGGAAAGGCCAAGGGGACGCAAAAACUGAGGGGUUGUGACAUUGUUUCUUGGCCUGGCUUGACCUUUUUUGGGUUAUCAGCUACUAGCAUAUUGGACCAUUUGGCUAGUGAGUACAUGGAUUUUGAUGAUGAUGAAUUUUACCAUGGUGCUGAUAAUGUUGCUUAAAGGCAACCACAACUGGUUGUUGAUCUGAUUGCUCGCCAGUUAUAGUAGAAAUUGAGGAGCUAGAUAACUGUGAUGACGAAAGAAUGAGUUUUUAUAACGUGGGAGCUGUGUGGGAAGGGAUUGAAGAAGAUGGAGAUUGGUGUUUGGUGGAAGAAAUGUGAUCAUAGUCCUUGGCUUGGGCUAAUGUAUUAACUGUCGAAUAAAUUGUUGUACCUUGAUUCUUUUAUGUUGAAAUUGAUUUUGCUGUGUAAGUAAAACAGUACUUCUUCGUAUCAGAUAUCAUGUAUAGCUUGAGUUACUUGACAUGCUCGAGCAUGUUCAUGUGAUAAAUAAUAAAGCAGGACUAUGCUGUAGUUAUAUAUAAA